ACCUCUCCGACUCUCAACUACAAAACUAUUGGAAGCUCACAAAAGCGCUCAACAGAACCACUUGGGGAGAGAGAGAUGAACAAACUCUUAUUACCAUGGCGCGCCAAACUUCAACUCUGAAAGCCAGUUAACAAAGCAACCAAAUAGCUUACAGCAAACUGGAGUUACAACAGUCUCUUUGUGCUACACAACGCGUUAACAACGUCGCUAAAACCGAUGAUCGCGCAAACGGUUAGUUAUAAUUGCAAUCAAGUGGAAAUGGCAGGAAAAGUCGUUUGAAGGGAAGGCGCUUGCGUCGCGUGUAGAAAAAGUUGCAGCUGUGUAUACAGAUAUAUACAUGUACAUAUAUAUACUUACAUAUGUAUGUAUAUCGUACGUAUGUAUGUGCAGUCUCAUAUAGAAAUGGGUCAGUGGAAGCAACAUUUAAUGGCAAACAAUUGAAGUGAACACAAAAAUUACAAAUUUACAUAUGAGUAUAUAAACGCAUAUACAUAUAUACAUACAUUCAUAGAAAGAAUUUCCAUCAUUUACUGCGAGUUGGUGGUUGGUAUAACCGUGAAACGUGAUCUUUGUUUGGUUGAUUGCAAGCCAACCGUGUUUUUGAUAUAAAAAAAAGUGAAAACAACAAAUACAAUAACAAAAAGCUCAAGCAUGUCUUCAGAUCGAUUCCACAAAGCCGCCAAAGACGGUUUACUGGAUGUGCUAAAAGAGGCUGCUCGCAAAGACGCCAACGCGAAGGACGAUGAUUCAAUGACACCAGUAUUAUGGGCAGCUUUUGAGGGACGUUUGGAUGCGCUACGCUUGCUAUGUGGCAGAGGUGGUGACCCAGACAAAUGCGACCAGUUCGGGAACACAGCACUGCAUUUGGCUUCCGCGAAGGGGCAUCUCCACUGCGUGGACUUCCUUGUGAAAUUCGGUGUAAAUAUCUAUGCGCUUGACAUUGAUCGGCACAGCGCCAAGGAUUUGGCUGCCAUCAACAAUCGAGAUGACAUCCUAAGAUAUUUAGAUAACGCGACGGCGAGUUUCGAGACCAACGAGAAGAAAAAAGCAAAAGCUAUGCGUGAAGUGGCGGAAAAGAAUUGCGAGAAACGGAUGCGUGAAUAUAUGAAACGUCAACAGAAAAUUGAAAGUGAGCACAUUGAUGCGAGCCGACCAGCCAUGACGGCAACAGUAAACAGCAACAAGUCCAAUAUGCUGUCGACGCUUAAACAGAAAAUUUGGUCUAGCCAGGGGAAUCUACAUAAACCCACGCGGGAGACUACAGGUGCCGUCGCCGUACCAUGCCCGAGCAUCAGCAGCGGCAGCACGGCCACCAAAUUCAGUGAGCUUGUCUCCCCCGGUAGUGGCAGUGGCGGUAGUGUAGGCUCGAUUGCGAGCCGCGCCGGUACCGUACAGAAGAAAUUACGUGGCCAACAGCAUAAGAAUACGAAUUUAAACAAAACAGACGAUACAGGCUUCAAAAUAGGUGGCAUUGAGCCGGACGGCAAGCGUACGGUAACUUCGCUGAUAGGCGUACAACGCGACUCGGAGGUAUUGUAUGUGGGCACGUUCAGCUCGAACGAGGAGAGCAGCAAGAGAGGCAAGAUCAGUGAUGUUUUCGAAGUCGAUGAGCCGUGCAGCGAUCGAGAACGUGAGACUACAAAAAUGGGUUAUGGUACACUCUCACGGUCGUUCUCACAACCCGACAUACUCGGCGAUUCGCUAUUGUCCACCGGCCGACUGAGUGAUGAGUUCGCCAUGCAACGUCCCGCCGGACUAUUCGAUCGGCCAAUGUUGGGUAGUAUAGCAUUUCGACGUUCAGUAACUGCUGCACUCAGCCAAUUGCAACCCGAUAACUAUAUGGGAAAUGGUCUAGACGCGACCACAGCGAAUACGAGUAUGACAACGGGACGUCAAUUCGCUGCGUCAACAGCAACGAAAACGCGUGGCAACAAACAGCGCUCCUUCCUCAAUAUAUCGGAUUCGGAUUCCGAGGGCGCAGAUGGUUAUAGUGAGGAUGAACAGGAAAAUGCCGGCAGUCCAAUUGCACGUUUUCUCACCGCUUGGGGCUUGGAAGAAUAUUUGUCAAUUUUUCAGAAACAACAAAUUGAUCUGGAUACUUUGAUCUUAUUGACCGAGGCUGAUUUGAAGUCCUUGGGCCUACCUUUGGGACCUUUUCGAAAGCUUACUUGCGCCAUACAAGAACGUAAAAAUGCGCUUGCCAAUCCGGGUGCAAUGACGGAUAGCCGCCUUUGAGGCAGAGACGACGGAUACUUGUGUGAAAAAUUAUUGUUUAAAUGUACCGAAUGUUACCGAGCCUGAGGGUCACUCAAUUUGAACAUAAUAUAAAUUAAGAUAAUUUA